AUGGCUUUCCAAUCACAUAUUCAGCUUUCUUGUCUCUCAAUUAUCACAUUUUACAUUCUUCUCGCAACUCCUUGUGCAACUGCACUAAACUUCAAUAUUGCCAAAAUUGGUCCCAAAAAUCUCAACGUUGACAUAACCACCAGUGGAGACGCUUACAUCUCCUCCAAUGGCGUCCACCUCGCGGUGGACAAGUACGAUACCAACUUAAAUAACAAAGCCGGCAAAUCUACCUACGUCAAACCGCUUCACCUUUAUGACAGUUAUUUCGGCAAGUUGAACGACUUCACCACCUAUUUCUCCUUCGUGAUUGAUUCGGAUGGAAGUUCAACUUUCGGAGAUGGGCUUGCAUUCUUCCUUGAACCUUCCGAUUCCAACAGCACCACUACUGGCGGUGCCAUUGGGCUUCCAAUUGAUCCGUCGACAUUGGAAGCCACUAGCCCAUUUGUCGCUGUGGAGUUUGACACCUUUCAGAAUUCUUAG